GUCCUGGCUGUCAGAGCGCUCUGGAACUCCCGUCGUCCGAUACACAAACUCCCUACCGAAAUCCUCGUUGACAUGCUCUUGCGUCAGUACUCCCGCUCGUAUCCUGGACCAGCCGAGACGAGCGAUUCAGUCGACUGGUCUCAGAUCAUGCUGGUCUGUCGGCGCUGGCGUGCGGUCAUCAAAGCCAACACCUGCUUUUGGCGAUCGAUCCACGUUGGAAGCGACACCCGAUGGUUGGACCUCGCACUGUCACGUUCUGGGGACGUCAACCUGUCCCUUACCUUCUCCGUGCCUUCGGCUCUUAUCUCGGCCCUGCCGCAACUACUAGGCGUACUCGAGCGUAUCGAACGUCUGCAGUUUUCGUGCUUGGGUGAUGCUCCCUCACUGAAGAUAUUGGAGCCGCUCGUGCGCGCAACCCUUCCUUCCCUCACCAACCUCGAUGUAUCCAUCAUUAGAACGGGAAGUAUUCCAGCGUAUGCUCAAGCCGUCCCCGGGUUCCGUGACUGGCCCGAUCGUCGCAAAACGUUCGAGUUCGCGCCGAACAACUUCCCCAGGGUGACGCAACUCUCCCUCAUGCGUGUCUCCAUCCCGUGGACUGCAUCCUACAUUUCACAUCUUCGUCACUUGAGUCUUCGCGGAUGCAUCGUCCAUCCCUCCGCCAUAUCCGUCAGCACUUUUCUGGACGUCUUACGCGAGGGCCAAAACCUGGAGGAGCUCACAUUACACGACAUCUUGUCGUCGGCGUGCUCGACUCGCCCCCGGCCGUCGGAGCGUCUACACGCGGUUGUCCUCCCCCGCCUCCGAAAGGCCGACUUUUCCGAUGAUUUCGAAUGGAUCUCGCUCUAUGUGAGCUACAUCCAGCUUCCUUCGCAGGGCGAAGUCUCUUUUGCUGGCCUCCUUGACCAGUUCCCCGGAGAUGAUCCCACUCUUUCUU